GACGAUGCACUGGUCCAUGGGGGCAGGUGGGUGGGUGGGCGAGCGAGCGAAGGGUGGCUUCACAUUUGUCCGAGUGUUCAUAGAACCAGUUACCUGUGAUCUGAUCUGAUUUUUUUUUGCUUCUUCUUCUUGUGAAGAAAAAGAACACUGCAGAAAUAAUCAGGUGGAGGACAAAACGUAGGAAGCGGAAGGGUUGAGCACAGACAAGCCUAGAGAUGUAGUCUGGCGUCAAGUGAAACAUUCCAGUUUGUGAGAGCUUCAGGCAAGCGAAUCACUAUCCUCCAGAAGAUUGAUAGUGUUAUCAGCAGCCAUAAAAGGAUUGCAAUAAAGAGCAUAGAAAAUGGGAAGCAAACUAACCAAGAGCAAGAAGUGUAAUGUGACCAACGAAAACACUAAGGAUAAGGAAAAAUUGGCUGAAGGAACUGCAGCAGAGGAUGGAGAAGCACAAAAAGAAAAUCAAGAUGCGGCCAAGGCUUCAGAAGGGGAUUCAGAGGAAAAUGCCUCCAAGGACAAGGCUGACAAAGAGCCCCAGGCUGCCAACAACAUAACAGAGGCUAAAGCAGGAGAUACAGAUCCAGCGAGCAAGGAGGAGACUCCAAAGCCUGAAGGUGCGUCCACUGAAGCAAAGGCAGAGCCCAAGGCUGCAGAGGCUGCUGCAGAAAAGGCCCCCGAGGCAGCUCAGGCUGCCCCUACUGCUGAAGCCUCAGCAGCGGCCGAAACCAAAGCUGAAGUGAAACCUGCUGAAGCUCCAGCGCCUGCCCAAGAAAGCAAAACGGAAGAAAAUGUCUCCAGCAAGGUUGACGUGGAGGCCAAACAGACUGAUGUCUCAGCCGCUGCUGCGUCCCAAGAGGAAAGUAAAAAAGCUGAGACUCAGGCUUCGGACUCUGCCACAAGCGCCGCUGAUUCUGCUCCUUCCAAGGAGGCACCGACAGCAGAAGCACCGAGCUCCACCACCACUGUCCCCAUAGCAUCUGCCGCAGCAGAAGAAGUUACAGCUUCGGAGGUUCCCGAAGCCAUUCCUGAUCAAACCGUAGCAGUGCAAGAGUAAUGGACAGCCUCAUACAAUAACCUCUCACAACCUGCAUUAAUUUCAACCGUACUAACAAAACUUGAUCCAACUCUCUUUAACCAGAAAAUUCAUAAAAGGGUAUAUAUAUAUAUAUAUAUAUACCAUGCUUUGAAAAAAAAUUCCAUCAGGAAAUUUCAAACCACACUCCGAAAUCCAAAAAAUCCUGGACUUUUAAUUCAGAUGGCUGAAAGAUAAGUUGGUGGAGGGGAGAAAAAAAAAUCUGCUGAACAGCUAGCUGUAAAUGUUGCAAGUAUGCUAAAACAAAACCAACAUAAGGAAAAAAGGUUGUGACUCUGCCCAGUGACACUUAGCAGGGCUGUGCCAAAGCAAUCAGAUAUUAAGAUGGUGUCUUAAGUUUGUUUGUUUACCAGCCUGAUUUUACACAGUAGGAUAGCUGCCAGCUUUCAGACCGAAGCCACAGUAGUCACUCGCUCAUUACAGACCAGAUCCAAUAGAUUUAUCUCAAAACGUAUUUCAGACUAACAUACCCAUGUACGUAGCCUACCUAGAUUUCUCUUGAUCAGUUAAUGCAUGUCCGUUGUUGGGUGCACCUGUAGUUCUGUUUAACAGUAAGUGGAAACAAGUCUGCGUUCAUUGCAAUUCUAGCUUCUCUUCCAUUCAGUGUCACUAAUGCCUCCACCACCACAACACAUAUUGAUAACGAUGAGAAUUGUGAAAUGGAUGCAUUGAAAUUAUACGUGAUUGUAUAAAUGGUGCAACGGUAAUAAAAAAACCAUGAAAAAAUAA